GAGAGAGAGAGAGAGAGAGAGAGAGAGAGAGAGAGAGAGAGAGAGAGAGAGAUUGUUGAUUGUCGAUUGUUGAAGAAUGGGGAGAGCACCAUGUUGUGAUAAGAAGGGGUUGAAGAAGGGGCCAUGGACACCUGAUGAAGAUGAGAAACUGGUGGACUACAUUAACAACCAUGGUCAUGGUAGCUGGAGAUCCCUCCCCAAGCUUGCAGGACUUUUCCGGUGUGGGAAAAGUUGCCGGCUACGGUGGAACAACUAUCUCCGGCCGGAUAUUAUAAGAGGUCCCUUCACUCAUGAUGAAGAGAAGCUUGUCAUACAAUUGCAUGCCAUUCUUGGAAACAGGUGGGCAGCAAUUGCUUCUCAACUCCCGGGAAGAACGGACAACGAGAUCAAGAAUCUAUGGAACACUCAUCUCAAGAAAAGAUUGCUUCAAAUGGGAAUCAAUCCUCAAACUCACGAGCCCUCUUCGACUUUAUCAAACGGGCUCCCUUCGACCCGCCACAUGGCGCAAUGGGAGAGCGCCAGGCUCGAAGCCGAAGCCCGUCUCUCCAAGGAAUCUCGACCGUUGAUUAAUCCAUCACCACCCGAUGGAAAAUCGGACGGCGACUAUUUCAUGCGAUUGUGGAAUUCCGAAGUUGGAGAGACGUUUCGAAAAGUGGAUAAGAAGACGGAAUAUUCCGUUUCCCAAAGUCCAGUUUUUUCCGGGACCACUACGGAAACCGGGCUUCUCACGGAACGGAAAAACGAGGAUUUUCUUACGGGGUCGGAUUCUUGCAUCGAUAACGAAAUGGACGACUCGUCCGAAUCUUCCUCAUUGCAGCUGCUUUUGGAUUUUCCUAGUAACAAUGAUAUGAGCUUCUUGGGGCAACCUGAUUGUUAUUACAACAGCUUAUAUCCUUCCAUUUUUACUUGAUUUUUUUUUCGGGUUUUCGGGUUUCAUUAGGUAUGUAACAUGACAUGUUUUAAAUGUUUUGGCUAGCUACUUUUUUUAAUUCUCCCUAUUGCUUGGGAAGAAUUGAAAAGUGUAACUUUUCGUUUCUUGUCGAUUUAUCGAGUAAUCGCGAUUUUAUAAAUAGCAUCUAUAUUUUUAUUGAGUGACACAAUUAUC